AUGAACGGCCUGGCUCUCCCUCUGAGCUGUGGCUUCUUGUUCCGCGUCGCCCGGACGCUGAUCCUGGCCUGUUUUGCGUUCGUGUCGCCGGCUGACUCGCGGGGCCUCUUCCCGAGGCUGGAGAACGUGGGCGCCUUCAAGACCGUAGGGGUCGUGCCGGCCGAGGCGACGUGCGGGCUCCCCGACCAAAGCUCCUUCUGCGGCAGCUCUGCGGACGCCCACAGCCUCCAGUCCUGCAGCCGGCGGCUUUGCGUCCAGGAUUGUCCCCACCGAUCCUCACCCCCAGCCUACACCGCCCUCCUCUCAGCAGGCCUGGGGAGCUGCGUGGCCGCCGACGCGCAGGACCUGCGCCCCAACGCCCCCCGAAACUCCACGAGUUUUCUUUUCGGGAGUCACGGGAACUGCUCCUCUCCUCCGCCGCCUCCGAGGCUGGCGGCGUCCUUUACUUUCGCCGUGUGGCUAAAACCCGAGCAGGAAGGUGCAAUGUGUGUUAUAGAAAAGACGGCGGAUGGGCAGACUGUGUUCAAACUCACCCUAUCGGAGAAAGAGACCCUAUUUUAUUACCGCACAGUAAAUGGUUUGCAGCCUCCAAUAAAAGUAAGGACGCUGGGGAGAACUCCUGUGAGGAGAUGGAUUCAUCUCAGUGUGCAGGUGCAUCUGACGAAGAUCAGCUUCUUCAUCGACGGCCUGGAAGAGGACGGGACAGCUUUUGAGGCUCGAACCCUAAGCGGCCCAAUUACCGAUUUUGCCUCUGGUGCUACACGGAUAGGACACAGUUUAAACGGUUCAGAGCCGUUUGUUGGAAGAAUGCAAGAUUUUCGAUUAUACCAAGUAGCACUUACAAACAGGGAGAUCCUGGCCGUCUUCUCUGGGGAGCUGCCCAAGCUGCACGUCCAGCCCCAGUGCCGCUGUCCCGGGAGCCACCCGCGGGCCCACCCUCUGCGGCAGCGGGACUGCAUCCCUAACGACGCCGGGGACACCACCGGCAACAGGGUGUCCCGGCUGCACCCCGAGGCCCACCCUCUUGCCUUUGUCAACGACAAUGAUAUCGGCACUUCAUGGGUCUCACGUGUGUUUGCAAACCUGACCCAGCUUAACCAAGGAGUGACCAUUUCAGUAGAUCUGGAAAAUGGACAAUAUCAGGUGUUUUAUGUCAUUAUCCAGUUUUUUAGUUCACAACCAACAGCAAUAAAGAUACAGAGGAAGAAAGAAGACAGCCUGGACUGGGAAGACUGGCAAUAUUUUGCUAGAAAUUGCAGUGUUUUUGGAAUGAAAGACAACGGAGAUUUGGAGAAUCCUGAUUCUGUCAACUGUCUUCAGCUUUCCAAUUUUACUCCGUAUUUCCAUGGCAACGUCACAUUCAGUGUCCUAACGCCCGGACCAAGUCACCGGCCUGGAUACAAUGAUUUCUAUAAUACCCCAUCUCUUCAAGAGUUUGUAAAAGCCACGCAAGUAAGGCUUCAUUUCCAGGGCCAGUACUACACGACCGAGGCCCCCGCCAGCCCCGGACACAGACACUACGCCAUCAGUGAAAUCACCAUCACCGGGAGAUGUCAGUGCUAUGGUCACGCCGAUAACUGUGACACGACAAGCCAGCCCUACCAAUGCCUCUGCUCCCGGGAAAGCUUCACAGAGGGACUUCACUGUGAGCGUUGCCUGCCCCUCUACAACGACAAGCCCUUCCGCCCGGGCGACCCAGCGCACGCCUUCGCCUGCAGGCCCUGUCGGUGCAAUGGCCACGCGAGAAGCUGCCACUACGACAGCUCCGUGGACCCCUCUCCCGCCGAGCACCUCGCAGGGGGCGGGGGGGUCUGCGACGGCUGCGAGCACAACACCACAGGAAGGAACUGUGAGCUGUGUAAGGAUUACUUUUUCCGGCCAGUCGGGGCCGAUCCUUCAGCCGUAGACGUGUGCAAGCCCUGCGACUGUGACCCAGUUGGCACCAGGAACGGGAGCCUCCUGUGCGACCGGAUGGGAGGCCAGUGUGAUUGUAAGAGACGUGUUUCUGGCAGACGGUGCCAUCAGUGCCACGAUGGAUUCUACAACCUGCAAGAGGCGGAUCCUGAUGGCUGUAGUCCCUGCAAAUGCAAUACCUCGGGGACAGUGGAUGGAGAUAUAACCUGUCACCCAAAUUCAGGCCAGUGCAAGUGCAAAGCGAAUGUCACGGGGCUCCGAUGUGAUCAUUGCGACAUUGGCUUUAAAUUCCUGAGGAGUUUGAAUGGUGAUGGAUGUGAGCCCUGUCGCUGUCACCUCUACGGCUCCUUGAGCAAACUCUGCAACCCUCUUUCUGGGCAGUGUGAGUGCAGAAAAGAAGCCCGGGGACUUCAGUGUGACACCUGCAGAGAACACUUUUACGGGCUGGACGCCACCGGUUGCAAGGCCUGUGACUGCGACCCAGCUGGGUCCCUCCCCGGGACGGUCUGUGACGCUGGGACAGGGCAGUGCCACUGUAAGCCCAACGUGGGAGGAAGACAGUGUAAGGAAUGUUUGGAGGGACACUUCUCCCUACAGCAAAAUAAUUCUCUCCUCUGCCUGCCCUGUGACUGUGAUAAGACGGGGACAGUGAAUGGUUCUCUGCUGUGUGACAAAUCAACAGGACAGUGUCCUUGCAAAUUAGGAGUAACAGGUCUCCGCUGCCAUCAGUGUGAGCCUCACAGGUACAAUCUGACCACGGGUGACUUCCAAGGCUGCCGGACGUGUGAGUGCGACUCCCUGGGGACAUCGCCUGGGACCGUGUGUGACCCAGCCAGUGGCCAGUGCCGGUGUCUGCCUCGUCGUGAAGGGAGACGGUGUGAUCGGUGUCAACCAGGUUUUUAUAUCUCUCCGGGCAAUGCCAGUGGCUGCCUGCCCUGUUCGUGCCACACAGCUGGCGCAGCUCAUCACAUCUGUAACAGCCGAACCGGCCAGUGCGUCUGCCAAGAUCCUUCCACUGCGGGGCUGAGCUGUGACCGCUGUAAGGACCUUUACUUUGGGUUUGAUCCUCACACCGGAAGAUGCCAGCCUUGCAAUUGUCGUAUCUCGGGAGCCUUGAAUGAAACCUGUCACUUGGUCACGGGCCAGUGUUUCUGUAAACGAUUUGUCACCGGCUCCAAGUGUGACGCUUGUGCUCCCGGCGCAAGCCACUUGGAUGUCCGCAACCCGUGGGGCUGCAGCAAAACUCCAUCCCAGCAACCUCCACCCAGAGGACAAGUUCAAAGUUCUUCUGCCAUCAAUCUCUCCUGGAGCCCACCUGACUCUCCCAAUGCCCACUGGCUCACUUACCGUUUAUCCAGGGAUGGGUCUGAAAUCUUCAGAGAUGAAGAUCAAUACCCAUACGACAUCCAGCACUUCUCAGACACUGCCCUGUCGCCCUACACCUCCUACGCCUAUGCCAUCGAGACCACCAAUGUGCAUGGUUCCACAAGGAGCGUAGCUGUCACCUACAGGACAAGGCCAGGAGUCCCGGAGGGCAGCUUGAACUUAAGUUACAUCAUCCCUGUCAGCUCCGACUCGGUGACACUCACCUGGGCCGCACCCUCCGACCGGGCUGGUCCUAUAGACAAGUAUAUUUUGUCCUGUGCCCCUGUAGGUGACACCCAGCCGUGUGUUCCCCACGAAGGCCUCGAAACCUCAGCUACAAUCUGGAACCUGGUUCCCUUCACCGAGUACCGUUUUUCGGUGCAGGCGUGUACUAGUGGGGGCUGUUUACACAGCUCCCCCAUAACCGUGACCACAGCCCAGGCACCUCCCCGUGGGCUGGGUGCACCCGCCAUGCGGCAGAUCAGUUCCACAGAACUUCACGUAGGAUGGUCUCCACCAGAGGAACCAAAUGGAAUAAUUACAAGGUAUGAACUGUACAUGGAGAGACUGGGCUCUGACGGGGAGCCCAGGUCAGCAGGAAGCCGGGUUUUUGAGGCCAGCGGCUGCCUCAGUCCCCACCCCUCCGCAGAGCCGGCCGGCGAAAGGCCAGCGGGUGCCCCUCCGACGGCCACUGUCAUCGCGGGCCUGGAGCCUCACACCGAGUACCGGUUCCGAGUCUCGGCCGAGAACGGGGCCGGCAGCGUGUCCUCCGCCUGGGCCUCGGGGCGAACGGGGGAGUCAGAGCCUGUCCUCAUGACCCCCCCGACGGUCGUCCCCCUCUCCCCGUAUUCUCUCAAUGUGUCCUGGGAGAAGCCGGCGGACAGUGCUGCGAGAGGAAAGGUUGUGGGCUAUGACAUCAGUGUGGUUUCUGAGCAGUCCCCUCAGCAGUCGAUGCCGGUGGUGUUUCCGCAGGUGUUGGCCAGGGCUGAAUCCCAUCAACGGUCCUAUAUUGUGACAGGACUAAAACCUUACACGAUCUACAGCUUCACCGUUUCUCUCUGCAACUCAGUUGGCUGUGUAACCAGUGUUUCGGGAGCAGGACAGACGUUAGCAGCAGCACCAGCCCGGCUGAGGCCUCCCGUGGUCGAAGGAGCCAACAGCACAGCCAUCCACGCCCGAUGGCUGGCACCUGAGGAACCGAAUGGCCCUCCCCCCAUCUACCAGCUGGAAAGGAGGGAGUCCUCUCUGCCCGCCCCGGGGGCCAGGGUGCUGAAAGGAAUCCGUUUCCCAGGACACGGAUAUUAUAAGUUUCCCAGCUCCACUCACCCUGUCAACACAGACUUCACCGGCAUCAAGGCCAGCUUCCGAACGAGGGUGCCUGACGGUCUGCUCGUCUUUGCCGCAUCCCCAGGCAACCAGGAGGAGUACUUUGCUCUUCAGCUGAAACACGGGCGUCCUUACUUUCUCUUUGAUCCUCAGGGGUCUGCGGUGGAAGUUACCACAACUAACGAUGGGGGUAAACUGUACAGCGAUGGCAGGUGGCAUGACAUGAUUGCUGUCAGGCACCAGGCUCUCGGCCAGAUCACGCUGGACGGGCGCUACACGGGCUCCUCUGGGCCCCUGAAUGGCAGCACUGUCAUCGGAGAGAACACAGGAGUGUUUGUAGGGGGGCUGCCGCAGGGCCACCCCGUCCUGAGGAAGGAUCCCGACAUAAUCCGAAAGGGGUUUGUGGGCUGUCUCAAGGAUGUGUAUUUUAUGAAGAGCUACAAUCCCUCCGCUGUGUGGGAGCCUCUGGUUUGGCAGAGCUCUGAAGAGCAAGCCAACGUGUACAGCACCUGGGAGGGGUGCCCCUCUUCACUGCAGGAGGGAGCCCGGUUCCUAGGAGCAGGGUUCCUGCAGCUUGACCCGUCCGUGUUUCAGGGCGGCCUGGACUUUGAGAUUUCCUUUGAGUUCAGGACAGACCAGCUGAGCGGAUUGCUUCUCUUCAUCUACAACAAAGAUGGGCCUGAUUUUCUCGUGGUGGAGCUGAAGAGUGGAAUCCUGAGCCUCCGGUUAAACACCAGUCUCGCUUUCACCCAAGUGGACCUGUGGCUGGGGCUGUCCUAUUGCAACGGGGAGUGGAACACGGUAAUGGUUAAGAGGGAAGGCUCCGUGGUGUCAGCCAGCGUGAAUGAACUGACGGAGCGUGUGUCGGAGUCCAGAGCGCAGGCCCUGAUGGUGAAUUCCCCCGUCUACCUGGGAGGAGCCCCCCUGGAGCUGCGGGACUCUUACAAACGCCUGAGUUUGGAACCAGGUUUCGGCGGCUGCGUCAGGGAGGUGGCGUUCGCGCGGGGCGCCGUCGUCAGCUUGGCAUCUGUGUCCAGCGGCGCUGUCAGAGUCAAUCUGGACGGCUGCCCAUCAAGUGACAGCGCCGUUAACUGCAGGGGAAAUGACUCCAUCCUGGUGUACCGGGGACACGAGAGGAGCGCUCAGGAGCCGGGGCUCAGGCCUUUCACAGAGUACCUGUACCGAGUGAUAGCCUCGCACGAAGGAGGCUCUGUCCGUAGUGACUGGAGCCGGGGACGCACGACGGGAGCAGCUCCGCAGAGAGUGCCGCCCCCCGCCCGAGCCCACGGCGUCAAUGGGUCCAGCGUGGAAGUGACCUGGGAUGAACACGUCGAGGUUAGAGGCCUGAUCGAGAGGUACGUCCUGAGAGCCUGCGGCGAGGACAGGGUUGCCGGCCCGCCCGCCACGCCCUGCGCCACCUCCGAGCUUGUGGACACCAACAACCUCACAGGCGUAUUGACGGGCUUGCUACCCUUCAAAAACUACGCGGUAACCCUAACUGCUUGCACUUUGGCUGGCUGCACCGAGAGCUCACAGGCACUGAACAUCUCCACUCCACAAGAAGCUCCACAAGAGGUUCAGCCGCCAGUAGCCAAAUCCCUUCCCAAUUCUCUGACGCUGUCCUGGAGUCCACCCAGAAAAGCCAAUGGGAUUAUCACUCGGUACUCCCUGUAUAUGGAUGGGAGGCGGAUCUAUUCAGGCAUCGGGGAGAAUUACACGGUCAGAGGGUUAGCGGCGUUUACGCCCCACCGGUUUCUGCUCGGCGCGUGCACACGCGUGGGGUGUGCAAACAGCUCCCUGGUCACCCUGUACACGGCACAGCUGCCGCCUGAACACGUGGAUCCCCCCCUUCUGACCGUCCUGGAUUCUAGAACUAUAUUCGCACAGUGGAAACAACCCAGAAAGGUAAACGGGAUUCUGGAGCGCUAUGUCUUGUACGUCUCAGAUCGCACGCGGGAUUCUCCCGUUUGGGAUGUUGCCUAUAACAGCACAGAGCCUCUUCGGGACCACACGCUGCGACACCUUUUGCCGGGCACUCGGUACCUUCUCAAGCUGGGAGCCUGCUCGGGCGGUGGGUGCGCAGUGAGCGGGCCCAGCGAGGCCUCGACGGCCGGGAGCGCACCCGAGGGGGUGCCCGCCCCCGACGCCCCCUCCUACUCGCCCGACUCCUUCAACGUCUCCUGGACCGAGCCCGAGCAUCCCAAUGGUGUCAUCACGAGCUAUGGGCUGUAUCUGGACGGUGUAUUAAUUCACAAUUCCUCGGACCUCAGCUGUUAUGCUCAUGGACUUGCUCCGUGGAGCUUACACUCCUUCCGAGUCCAAGCCUGCACGGCCACGGGGUGUGCGCUGGGCCCGCUGGUAGAAAGCCGGACCCUGGAAGCUCCCCCCGCGGGAACCGUGAAUGUCUUUGUCAAGACGGAGGGGUCCCGGGGAGCCCGCGUGAGGUGGGAAGGGCCUUCGCACCCCAACGGACGCCUGGCAUACUCGGUCCAUUUCACUGGGGUGUUCUAUGCAGAUCAAGCAGGUAAUAACUACACUCUUCUGAAUGGCACCCAUGUCGUGUACCAUGGCGAAGAGACCCAUGUCUGGGUGCCCGUCGAUGGGCUGGUCCCUUUCACUAACUACACUGUACAUGUGGAUGCUUCCCAUCCCCGAGGCAGCCUCACAAGUGACCCCACCACCAUUGCAAUGCCACCAGGGGCUCCAGAUGGCCUGCUGCCUCCCAGGCUUUCAGCUGCCACUCCGACCAGUCUUCAGGUUGUCUGGUCUACACCAGCUCGGAACAACGCUCCGGGCUCUCCCCGGUACCAGCUCCAGAUGAGGCCCGGCCACGACGCCCGUGGAUUUCUAGAGUUAUUUUCCAGUCCUUCUGCAUCGUUAAGCCACGAAGUGAGAGAUCUCCAGCCCCACACCGAGUACGAGUUUCGGUUGGUUGCCUCCAAUGGAUUUGGCAGUGCGCUCAGCUCUUGGAUUCUGUUCAUGACGACGGAGGACAGACCCGGACCUAUGGACCCUCCGAUUCUCCUGGAUGUGAAAUCGAGAACGAUGCUGGUCACCUGGCAGCACCCUUCCAAGCGCAACGGGGUUAUUACGCACUACAACAUCUACCAGCAUGGCCACCUCUGUUCGGAAGCUCCUGGAAAUGUCACUAAUUGCACAGCGACCCAUUUACGCCCUCACACCGCCUACAGGUUCCAAGUGGAAGCCUGCACGUCGAAAGGGUGUUCCCUGUCCCCGGAGUCCCAGACUGCGUGGACACUCCCAGACGCCCCGGAAGGCAUCCCGAGCCCAGAGUUGUUCUCUGACACCCCAACGUCUGUGAUCAUAUCUUGGCAGCCCCCCACCCGCCCCAACGGCGUGGUGGAGAACUUCACGAUCGAGAGAAGAGUCCAAGGGAGGGAGGAAGUCACCACGCUGGUGACACUCCCAAGAAAUCAUUCCAUGCGGUACAUUGACAAGACCCCCGCUCUCAGCCCGUGGACCACAUACGGAUACCGGGUGCUGGUGAGCACUCGAAACGGGGGCACGAACAGCAGUGCUUGGGUGGAGGUGACCACAAGACCCUCGCGGCCUGCUGGGGUGCAGCCACCCACGGUGCGGGUGCUGGGCCCCGACGCAGCAGAGGUCACGUGGAAACCCCCACUCAUCCAGAAUGGAGACCCGCUCAGCUACGAGAUCCGCAUGCCCGACCCUCACGUCACCAUAACCGACGGCACUCCCUCGGCGCUGAGCCAGGUGGUCGCCCGCCUGAUGCCGUUCACUGAUUACUCGGUCACCAUCGUGGCUUGCUCGGGGGGUAACGGGUAUCUGGGCGGGUGCACAGAGAGUCUCCCUACCCUCGUUACCACCCAGCCCGCCCUGCCUCAGGAUGUUCACCCGCUGUCCGUGGUCCCACUGAGUGAAUCCUGUGUUGGGAUAUCUUGGCAGGCGCCAUCCAGGCCCAAUGGACCCAAUUUGAGAUAUGAGCUUCUGAGACGUAAAAUCCAGCAGCCACUUGCAUCAAAUCCCCCAGAAGAUUUAAAUCUGUGGCACAAUAUUUAUUCAGGAACUCGGUGGUUUUACGAAGAUAAGGGUCUUAGCAGGUUCACCACGUACACCUACAGGGUCUUCGUCCACAACAGCGUGGGCUUCACCCCGAGCCGGGAAGCGACGGUGACCACGUGGGCUGGCCUCCCGCGGCGAGGAGCCAACGUCUCCGUGACUGCCCUUAACCGCACGGCGCUAGACGUGAGAUGGGACAGACCAACCUUUCAAGACCUACAAGGUGAUGUUGAAUAUUACACGCUUUUUUGGAGCUCUGCUACCUCCGGCGAAUCUCUGAAAAUCCACCCAGAGGUAAACGCUCAUGUCAUUGGCCACUUAAACCCAGACACGGAGUAUCAGAUUUUUAUCUCUGUCUUCAACGGAGUCCACAGCGUCGACAGCGACGUCCUGUACGCGACCCCUCGCGACGGGGAGCCUCGGGGCAUGCUCCCUCCAGAGGUUGUCAUCAUCAACAGCACAGCUGCACGUGUCAUCUGGCCGCCUCCCUCAAACCCAAAUGGCGUUGUCGCUGCGUGUUCCGUCUAUGUAAAUAAUCGGCUCUACGAGACGGGAAUGGAUGUGCCGGGGUCUCUCCUUCUGCGAGACCUGUCUCCCUUCACUGUCUAUGACAUUCAGGUGGAAGUCUGCACAGAACAUGCCUGUGUGAAAAGCAACGGAACCCAGGUCACCACCGUCGGGGAUACUCCAGGCGAUAUGCCGACACCCACAAUUCAUAGCAUCUCUUCAAGAUCCCUUCGGAUCGACUGGGCAUCUCCAGGGAAACCGAAUGGCAUCAUUCUCGGAUACGAGCUCUUACGGAGGACGUGGUCCCCGUGCCCUGCGGCCCAGAGCAACCACAGCGGUGAGCUCUGCAAGGCAGGGAUGUGUCGAGAACCUGAAAGUGCCUGUGGACACAGGUGCGGGGCUCCUGAAGCUAAGGUCUGCUGCGCGGGCCUGCUCUGUGACGCCCAGGCAGGGCCCCAGGGCUGCGAUGGGGAGUGUGUCCCCUUCGUUUCAAAUUCAACCCGAGUGUGUUGUGGUGGCCGCGUGCACGAGGCCCAGCCGGACCAUCGCUGCUGCUCCGGCUAUUACAUCAGAGUCCUCCCAGGUGAAGUAUGCUGUCCAGAUGAGCCGCACCACCGGGUGUCCGUGGGCAUCGGCGACGCCUGCUGUGGCAGAAUGCCCUACUCCAGGUCAGGCGCACAGCUCUGCUGUGCGGGGAGGCUUCGCGACGGCCACGGCCGGCGGUGCUGCGGCGGGCAGGUGGUCGGCAGAGACCUCGAGUGCUGCGGGGGAGCCGAAGAGGGCACGGCCUACAGCCGCCUGCCAGGGAUGCUCUGCUGCGGGCAGGAUUAUGUGAACGCGUCAGAUACCAUAUGCUGCUCGGCCUCCAGCGGAGCCUCUAAACCACACGUUAGGAAGAGCGACCCGGUGCCAGUAAAAUGCUGCGAGACCGAGCCUGUCCCAGGGAGCCGGGGCUGCUGCAGCGGCCUUGGAUGCGGCCCCCCGAAAUACCUCGGCUCUGACAAGGCUUCAGCCCCAAUGACGACGCAGGAGACCGAUGUGUGCAGGACCGUCUGCCCCGCGUCUGUGGAGGCGCAUGGCGGCCAGUGUGACUUCAACUUGACCAGCCCCAUGUGCACGGUGAUCGGAGGGUCCCCCAGUUCUGCCGAGAAGGCAUCGGUGGGAGACAUGUGCUCCUCCGUGGAAGAGCCCGUUCACACGGGAGGUGCGGACACGGUGUCCUUUACGGAUGUGGACCUGGAGCCCUACACGACGUAUGAGUACAGGGUUUCGGCCUGGAACGGCUACGGGCGCGGCUUCGGCGCUGCCGUUAGGGCCAGCACGAGAGAAGACGUGCCUCGGGGAGUGAGUCCCCCCCGGUGGGUCAGGACGGACAACCCUGAAGACGGAAUAGUCCUGACCUGGAAGAAACCCGCACAGCCAAACGGUCCUGUCGUUUACUACGUCCUCCGAAACGGAACGGAAGUAUUCCGGGGAACGUCAUUGACCUUCUUGGAUACAGAGGGGAUUGAGCCUUUUCAGGAAUAUACGUACCAGCUGAAGGCUUGCACGGUGGCUGGCUGUGCCGCCAGCAGCAAGGUGGUCGCAGCUACUCCCCAAGGAGCCCCGCAGAGCAUCCUGCCCCCGAGAGUCACGGCCCCCAGCGCGGACGCUCUGCGCUUGAGCUGGGACGCCCCCGAGAAACCAAAUGGCGUCGUUAAGGAGUACCAGCUCCGGCAGGCUGGGAAAGGGCUCAUCCACACGGACACCGCCGACAGGAGGCAACAUACGGUCACAGGUCUCCAGCCGUACACCAGCUACAGCUUCACUCUUACAGCUUGUACAUCUGCCGGGUGCACUUCGAGCGAGCCCUUUCUAGGUCAGACUCUGCAGGCAGCACCUCAAGGCGUGUGGGCGACACCCCGACACAUCAUCAUCAAUUCCACAGCGGUGGAGCUGUGCUGGGGUCCCCCGGACAAGCCCAACGGCCUCGUGUCGCGGUAUCGGCUGAGUCGCGACGGAAGCCUGGUUUUCCUGGGUGGCAGCGAGGAGCAGCGUUUCACCGACGGCAACCUGCGGCCCAACAGCAGAUACGUUUACAAGUUGGAAGCCACAACUGGAGGUGGCAGUGGUUUCAGUGACGAGUACCUUGUCCAGACACCUCUUUUGACCCCAGAAGAAGUCCAGCCUCCGUACAACAUCACAGUGACCGGGCCUCAUUCCAUAUUCAUAGCCUGGAACCCCCCAGGGGUCCUGAUCCCCCAUAUGCCUGUGGAAUACAACGUCCUGCUCGAUGCUGGCAGUGUGGCACCUGUCAUCUCCUCGGUGGGUCACCGUCAGUCCAUCCUGCUGGGGAACUUGGCUCCAUUCACACAGUAUGACAUAAGGAUACAGGCCUGUCAAAAUGGAAGUUGUGGAGUUAGCAGCGGGACGUUUGUCCAAACAUCUGAAGCAGCCCCGGUGGAUCUAAGUCCCCCCGUUCUUAGGGCCCUGGGAUCGGCUUGCGUAGAGGUUACGUGGAUGCCACCUAGGAACCCAAACGGGGUCAUCACCAACUAUUUUAUUCACAGACGUCCUGCUGGCACCGACGAGGAGGCCCUGGUGUUUGUCUGGUCGGAAGGAGCCCUUGAGUUUACCGAUGCUGCAGACACCCUGAGGCCCUUCACCCUCUACGAAUACCAGGUCAGAGCCCACAACUCCAGGGGCGCAGCGGAGAGCCCGUGGUCCUCAGCACGGACGCUGGAGGCCCCACCCCAAGAUCUGCCAGCACCCCGGGCUCGAGCCAGCGGCGCUCACUCAGUGCUGCUGAACUGGACGGAGCCAGGCUCUCCGAACGGCCUCAUCUCCCAGUACCACGUGGUCUACCAAGAGCGACCCGACGACCCGACCUUUACCAUCCCCACCGUGCGCGCCUUCACAGUAGCCGGAACGAGCCGUGAAGCCCACCUGUUCGGGUUGGAACCCUUCACAACAUACCACGUUGGCGUCGUGGCCGCAAACCGGGCGGGAGAGGCGUCGAGCCCCUGGGCCCUGGUUCAGACCCUAGAGUCUUCCCCGAGCGGACUGAGCAACUUCACGGUGGAACAGAGAGAGGGCGGCCGGGCCUUGUGGCUGCGGUGGGCAGAGCCCGUGCGGGCCAACGGCGUGAUUAAGACAUACAGCAUCUUCAGCGCCGGGCGCCUGGAGUACACGGGCCUGAGCCGCCGGUUUCUGUUCCGCCGCCUGGAGCCCUUCACCGUCUACACGCUGACCCUGGAGGCCUGCACCCGGGCGGGCUGUGCCCACUCGGCGCCCCAGCCUGUGCGGACCCAGGAGGCCCCGCCCCGCUCCCAGCCGCCUCCCGCGGUCCAGUCCGUGGGGCCCACCCGCGUGGAGCUGGCCUGGUCCGAGCCGGCUCAGCCAAACGGGAAGAUCAUUGGCUAUGAAGUGAUCCGAAGGUGCUCCGAGGGCAAAGCGCGGGGGAUCCAGGCCGCCUGGGCCGAUGAGAAGGUGGUUUUCACAGAGCACGAGGCCGAGAGGCGUGCGUUUGUGUAUAACGACACCGGCCUGCAGCCGUGGACCCCGUGCGAGUAUAAAAUCCACGCGUGGAAUUCCGCGGGCCACACCCGCAGCUCAUGGACCGCGGCGAGGACGAUGCCGGCGCCCCCAGAGGGCCUCUCCCCGCCCGUGAUCACCUACAUAUCUGUGGAUCCCCCAAAGCUGCUGAUCGCCUGGGUCCCUCCAGAACAGCCUAACGGGGUCAUUCGGUCCUACCGGCUUCACAGGAACGGGGUGCCCCAUCCUUUCAGCUUUGACGCCCAGACUUUCAACUAUACGGACCCGGACGUGCUUCCCUUCUCCACGUACAGCUACGGGGUCACAGCCUGCACACGCGGGGGCUGCCACACCAGCAAACCCACCAGCACCACCACCCCCGAGGCCGCUCCGGCGGGGGUCGGCCCGCCAGCCCUUCAGGCCGUCGGUGCCACUCGGAUCAACGCGUCUUGGUCGCCACCAUCAGCACAGAACGGAAAGAUCACUAAAUAUUUACUGAGGUGUCAGGGUCAGGAGUACCUUGCCGGGCAGAACCUGUCCCUGCUGGUCCCCCACCUGCAGCCCUAUACUCAGUACAGCUUCUCCCUAGUGGCCUGUACGAACGGGGGCUGUACAGCCAGUGUGUCCCAAUCUGCCUGGACCCUGGAGGCCCCGCCCCAGGACAUGGACCCUCCAAAGCUGCAAGUCAUGGGCUCCGAAUCCAUAGAAAUCACCUGGACGCCUCCCAGAAACCCCAAUGGCCAGAUCAGAAGUUACGAAGUCAGGAGGGACGGCACCAUCGUCUACACCGGCCUGGAAACUCGAUACCAGGACUUCACCCUCAGGCCCGGGGCGGAGUACGGCUACGCGGUGACUGCCACCAACAGCCAGGGUGGGAUUUCGAGCCCCGUCGUCAAAGAUCGAACCAGCCCCUCGGCGCCUUCAGGGAUGGAGCCUCCGACAGUACAGGCCAGCGGUCCUCGGGAGAUCUUGGUGAGCUGGGACCCGCCGGUGAGGACAAGUGGCCCGAUCGUCAACUACACCCUCUUCGUCCGUGGGCUGCUCGAGAGGGAAACGCAAGUCGUGCCCGUGAAUGCAAGUCACCGAUCGUUUGGGACCCGCGCGUUCAGGGUAGACCAGCUGGAGCCGUCUCACAGGUAUGAAGCACGAAUUCAAGCCUGCGCCCCUCUGGGCUGCGCGUCCAGCGACUGGGCCUCCGUGCAGACCCCCGAGGCCGCCCCUGCGAUGCAGCCCCCCCCACACCUGGAGGUGCGGGUGGCCCCCGGAGGCUUCCAGCCCACCGUCUCCCUUUGGUGGACAGGCCCGCUUCGGCCAAACGGCCACGUUUUAUACUAUGAAUUGUACAGAAGGCAGACGGCAGCUCGGCCCGGCCCGCCCAGCGCGGUGCUCGCCUAUAAUGGCAGUGCGGGCUCUUUCACGGAUUCCGAGCUCGCGCCCUUCACGGAGUAUGAGUACCAGGUCUGGGCGGUGAAUUCAGCAGGGAAAGCUCCCAGUAGCUGGACGCAGUGUAGAACGGGACCCGCCCCCCCAGAAGGCCUCAGGGCCCCCAGGUUCCACAAGGUGUCUUCCACUCAAGCCGUGGUCAACAUCAGCGCCCCUGGGAAGCCCAACGGCAUUGUCAGCCUCUACAGGCUGUUCUCGAACAACACCGGUGGGGUGGAAACCGUGCUGUCCGAAGGCCUGGCCACCCAGCAGACCCUGCAGGGCCUGCGGCCCUUCACCUCCUACUCCAUCGGGGUGGAGGCCUGCACCUGUUUCAACUGCUGCAGCAAAGGGCCCACGGCGGAGCUGCGGACGCACCCCGCCCCACCCUCAGGGGUGCCCUCCCCCCAGGUCCAGGCGCUGGCCUCCAGGACAGCCUCCUUCCAGUGGAGCCCCCCGCUCUACCCCAAUGGUGUCAUCCAGAGCUACGAGCUCCAGCUGCACCGGGCCUGCCCUCCCCAUGCAGACGCGCCCUGCACCCCCAGCCAGGCGGAGACCGCGUACAGGGGCCCGGGGCCCAGCGCCAGCCUGGGGGGCCUCCAGCCCUACACCACCUACAGGCUGCGCGUCGUGGCCCACGGCCAGGCGGGCAGUGCGGCCUCCGAGUGGGUCAGCUUCACCACCGAGAAAGAGCCGCCCCAGUACCGAGCCCCGUGCUCGGUGACCGGCAACCUGACCACGGUGUGUGUCAGCUGGAGCAGCUCCUUCCUCCUGCACGGCCCCCUGCGGGCGUUCGUGGUGACCGCCGGGGGCCAGCGCGUGUACCGCGGCCUGGACACCGCCCUCUGCAUGCCGAGGACCGAGGACGGGACUCUCCUUUUCCAGGUCACCUGCAUCACGGAGGAAGGCAGUGCCCGGACGCCUCUGGUUCGGUACGACGUCUCCUCCGGCCUCGGCCUGGUGCCGACGACCCCCGGAGGGAAGAAGGGGUCGGGGAGCAGAGGCUCGGAGUUCUACAGCGAGCUCUGGUUCAUCGUGCUGGUGGCCAUCCUGGGCUUGGUCCUGCUGGCCAUCUUCCUGUCCCUGAUUCUGCAAAGGAAGAUCAACCAGGAGCCGUACAUCAGAGAGAGGCCUCCCCUGGUCCCUGUUCAGAAGAGAACGUCCCCACUGAGUGUCUACCCACCGGGAGAAACCCACAUGGGAUUGGCCGACACCAAGAUCCCGCGGCCCGGGGGGCGCCUGAGUCUCCGGAGCAACCGGAGCAUCUCUGUGCUCCGGGUUCCAAGCCAGAGCCAGCUCAGCCAGGCCUACUCCCAAGGCUCCCUGCACCGCAGCGUCAGCCAGCUCAUGGACAUCCAGGGCAAGAAGGUCCUGAUCGACGACUCGCUGUGGGAGACCAUCCUGGGUCACGACAGCGGACUGUACGUCGAUGAGGAAGACCUGAUGAAGGCCAUCAAGGGCUUCAGCUCUGUGGCCAAGGAACACACCACCUUCACCGACACCCACCUGUAGAGCCCGGGCACCUGCAAAACUUUCCCCAGUCAGCCCUCCGCCUACCUCGAGCUGGACUCCCGGAGCCGGCUGUGCUGGACCACGGAGGUGGCCGGGC